GGGGACGGGAACGGGAACCGGCGGGGCGGAACGGAAACGGGACGGGAACAAGACGGGAACGGGACGUGACAGCCGGGCACCUGCCGAGCGCCCCCCUUUGCCCCCACUUUUGUCCCCCCCCUGCGCGCCCCCUGCCCCCUGUUGCGCCCCCUUUGCCCCCCGCUGCGCCCCGCGAUGCGGAGUCACGGCGCCCUCCUGCUGUUGCCGCUGCUGGCCGGACUGGGGGGGGCUUCGGCCCCAGACCACCCCCAGGGCUGCUCCCGUGGCAGCUGCUACCCGGCCACCGGGGACCUGCUAGUAGGGCGAGCCCCCCGCCUGAGUGCCACCUCCACCUGUGGGCUGCGCAGACCCCAGUCCUACUGCAUCGUCAGUCACCUCCAGGAAGAGAAGAAGUGCUUCAUCUGUGACUCGCGGCGGCCUUACGACACCCGUGCCAAUGCCAACAGCCACCGCAUCGAGAAUGUGGUCACCACUUUUGCCCCCCGCCCCAAGAAAGCCUGGUGGCAGUCAGAGAAUGGUGUGGAGCAUGUCAGCAUCCAACUGGACCUGGAGGCCGAGUUCCACUUCACCCAUCUCAUAAUGACCUUCAAGACCUUCCGCCCUGCGGCCAUGCUGGUGGAGCGCUCUGCCGACUUUGGACGCAGCUGGAAGGUCUACCGAUACUUCGCCUAUGACUGCGCCACUGCCUUCCCCCACGUCCCCCGCGGGCCCCCACGCCGUGUUGACGAUGUUGUCUGCGAGUCUCGCUACUCUGACAUCGAGCCCUCCACUGAAGGGGAGGUCAUCUACCGGGUGCUGGACCCUGCCAUCCCCAUCCGGGACCCCUACAGCCCUGCCAUCCAGGACCUGCUGCGUGUCACCAACCUGCGGGUGAACCUCACCAAGCUGCACACACUGGGCGACAACCUGCUGGACUCGCGGCGGGAGAUCCGGGAGAAGUACUACUAUGCGCUCUAUGAGCUGGUGCUGCGUGGGAACUGCUUCUGCUAUGGACACGCCUCUGAGUGUGCCCCGCUCAGCAGAGCCCCAGCCACCACCGAUGGCAUGGUCCAUGGGCGUUGCGUCUGCAAGCAUCAUACACAAGGGCUGAACUGUGAGCGCUGUGAGGACUUCUACCAAGACCUGCCCUGGCGCCCAGCCGAGGGCUCCAGCACCAAUGCCUGCCGCCGCUGCAACUGCAACGAGCACUCACAGCGGUGCCACUUUGACAUGGCUGUCUUCCUGGCCACGGGGAACACCAGUGGGUCCGUGUGUGAUGGCUGCCAGCACAACACCAUGGGCCGCCGCUGCCACCUCUGCAAACCCUUCUACUACAAGGACCCCAACAAAGACCUGCGGGACCCAGCAGUGUGCAGAGCCUGCGACUGUGACCCUGAGGGCUCUCUGGAUGGUGGGCUGUGCGACGGUGCUGAUGACCCAGCCCGGGGGUUGAUUGCGGGUCAGUGCCGCUGCAAGGAGCACGUGGUGGGUCCCCGCUGUGACCGCUGCAAACCUGGAUUCUUUGGCCUCAGUGCUGCCAACCCACAGGGCUGCCAGCGGUGCCAGUGUGACCCCCGUGGCACGGUGGCCGAGGGCAGCCAGUGUGACCCUCUCAGCGGUGAGUGCUUCUGCAAGCGGAUGGUGACUGGGCGCAACUGCGAUCAGUGCCUGCCUGAGCACUGGGGGCUAAGCCACAACGUCCAGGGCUGCCGACCAUGUGACUGCGAUGUGGGAGGUGCCUAUGACAACCUGUGCGCUGUGGAGACAGGGCAGUGCCGGUGCCGCAACCAUGUGGUGGGACGGCAGUGUGGCCAGGUGGAGCCUGGCUUCUACUACAUCAACCUGGACCAUUACACUUACGAGGCUGAGGAUGCUCGAAUGCAUCAGGGCACAGUGGUGGAGCGUGCGCCCCCCAGGGACCACCCAGCUUCAUGGACAGGGACAGGCUUUGUCCGCAUGCUGGAGGGCAGCUGGGUGGAGUUUCAUGUGAGUGAUGUGCCUUUCUCCACUGAGUAUGACGUGAUCAUCCGCUAUGAGCCCCAGCACCCAGAGCCCUGGCAGGAGGUGAGGGUGAGGGUGCUGCGCCCCAGCCCUGUCUCAGCCAGCAGCCCAUGUGGAAACACCAUCCCGGCUGAUGACCAGCUCUCCACCAGCCUUCCAUCCGGUGCCAGGUACAUGGUGCUGCCCCGUCCCAUCUGCCUGGAGCGAGGUGUCUCCUACACCAUCCGCCUGGAGCUGGGCUGCGCCACUGCUCGGCAGGAUCCCACUGCCAGUGUGCUCAUUGAUUCGCUGGUGCUCAUGCCCCGUUACUCCUCUCUGGAGAUGUUCAUCGCGGGUGACCCUGGCUCCAUGGAACGCCGAGAGAGAUUCGAGAGGUACCGCUGUGCCCAACCCUUCCACAUGGCAGGACCGUCACCCGUGGCUGAGCCCUGCUCCAGCCUGCUGCACAGCCUCUCAGCCAUCCUACACGAUGGGGCUCUGCCCUGCCUCUGUGAUCCCCAGGGCUCACUCAGCGCUGAGUGCCAGCCCCAGGGUGGGCAGUGCCGGUGCAAACCCAAUGUCAUGGGACGGCGCUGCCACCGCUGCUCCCCAGGAACCUUCGGCUUUGGGCCUGGCGGGUGCCGAGCAUGCCAGUGCAGCAGUGAGGGGUCAGUGAGCACCAUCUGCGACAGCACCACAGGGCAGUGCUCCUGCCGGGAAGGUGCCCAUGGCCCACGUUGCGACCGCUGCCAGCCCGGCCAUUGGGGUUUCCCUGCCUGCCGGCCCUGCCAGUGCAACGGGCAUGCUGAGGACUGCGACCCACGAACCGGCAGCUGCCUGCGCUGCCGUGACCACACCGAUGGUGAGAGGUGUCAGAGGUGUGCAGCUGGGCACUUUGGCAACCCAGCUCUGGGCUCCGGGCAGCACUGCCGACCCUGCCCCUGCCCCGAUGGGCCCAGCAGCCCCCGCCACUUUGCUGCCUCCUGCUACCAGGACAGCCGCUCCCAGCAGGUCAUCUGCCACUGCAGCCCUGGGUACACAGGUCCCCGUUGUGAUGAGUGUGCCCCUGGGUACUAUGGGGACCCGCUGCAGCCUGGUGGGCACUGCCUGCCCUGCCAGUGUCAUGACAACAUCGACAUGACGGACCCGGAGGCUUGUGACCGGCACACGGGGCAGUGCCUGCGCUGCCUCUACAACACAGCAGGGCCACACUGUGCUGAGUGCCAGCCCGGCUACUACGGGGAUGCCACACAGCACAGCUGCAGGCGUUGCUCCUGCAAUGCACUGGGCACUGACCCCAGCACCUGUGGACCCCAGCAGUGCCAAUGUGACAGACACAGUGGGCAGUGCUACUGCCUGCCCCAUGUGGAGGGACAGAGCUGUGACCGCUGCAGCCCCAACUUCUGGAACCUGGGCAGCGGGCAGGGCUGUGAGCCCUGUGCCUGCCACCCCCAGCAUUCCCUGACACCUGCCUGCAACCAGUUCACAGGGCAGUGCUCAUGCCGGUCAGGCUUCGGUGGCCGGACCUGUGCCGACUGCCAGGAGCACCACUGGGGUGACCCACAGCAGCAGUGCCGAGCCUGUGACUGUGACCCUCGUGGCGUUGCCAGCACCCAGUGCCACCGCAGCAGCGGCCACUGCGACUGCCGGCCCGGCAUCUCCGGCAUCCGCUGCGACCAGUGUGCCCGGGGCUUUGCUGGCACCUUCCCAGCCUGCCAGCCCUGCCACCCCUGCUUUGGGGACUGGGACCGGGUGGUGCAGGACCUGGCUGCCCGCACCCGGGCCCUGGCACAGCGGGCCAGCCUCCUGCAGCAAACCGGAGAUGCUGGUGCCUUUGGGGGCACCUUCCGGCGGCUGGAAGAGAGCCUGGCCACUGUGCGUGAUGUGGUGGCUUCCCGCAAUGCCACUGCUGCCACCAUCACACACCUGACACACAUCACGGAGGGUCUGCGGCGUCAGAUUGAGGAGGCAACAGAGAGGCUGACGCGGCUGGAGGGGGAGCUGACCACCACCCAGGAUGCCAACUUCAAUGCCAGCCACAUGCUGAGUGCGGUGGAUCGGGGUGCCCGUGGCCUCAACCAAAGCCUGCAGGACCUGGAGCAGAGGCUGCAUGCCCUCAAGACUUCCAAUUUCCUUGGUGCCUAUGACAGCAUCCGCCAGUCCCACAGGGAGUCGGGGGAUGCUGAGCGUCGGGCAGAUGCUUCUACCCGUGCUGUGCCCAGCCCCGUCAGCACUUCGGCAGCCACCCGGCACCAUACCGAGCAGCUGCUGGCCAGCCGGCGGGACGACUUCAACCGCCAAAAUGCAGCCAAUCGGCGGGCGCUGAUGGACCUGGCAGCGAGGGCACAGGCACUGAGCCUGCACCCACUGAACGAGAAGGUCUGUGGUGCAGCGGGUGAUGUGCCUUGUGCCGAGAGUCCCUGCGGGGGAGCUGGGUGCCAGGAUGAGGAUGGGGCACGGCGCUGUGGGGGUCUGAGCUGUGGUGGGGCCGUGUCCACGGCUGACAGCGCACUGGACCGGGCACGCCAUUCUCAGGAGGAGCUGCGGCAGGCUGCCACCGAUGUGGCCCAGCUCUCCCAAAAGGUGGCUGAGGCCAAGGGGAAGGCAGAUGAAGCCCGGCUGCAGGCACAGGCAGCCCUGGACAAGGCAAAUCAGACCAGAGCCCGCGUAGAGAGCUCCAACAAGGAGCUGAGGGAGCUCAUCAGCCACGUCAAGGCCUUUCUGAGCCAGGAGGGAGCCGACCCUGAGAGCAUCGAGGUGGUGGCCAGCCGGGUGCUGGAGCUGUCGCUCCCCGCUGCACCGGCCCAGAUACACCGCCUGGCUGAUGAGAUCAAGACGCGGGUGCGCAGCCUGGCCAGCGUGGACGCCAUCUUAGAGCAGACGGCUGGUGAUGUGCACCGGGCUGGGCAGCUGCUGCAGGAUGCUCAACGGGCCAGGUCACGGGCAGAGGGUGUGCGAGGUACUACUGAGGCGGUGCGGCAGGCGCUGGAGGAGGCACAGAGAGCCCAGGGCAUGGCGGAGCAGGCAUUGCACCUUGCCAGCGGUGACAUCCAGCACAGCGAGAGAGCCCUCAGCGCGAUGCAGGACCAGACGGCGAGCACAGAGCAGCAGCUGGCAGGUGCCAUGGGGCGGAUCGGGCUCCUGGAUGGACAGACAGAUGCCCUGAAGGUGAAACGUGCCAACAACAGCCUGGCUGCCACGCGUGCCCAGGAGGCGGCCAGCAUUGCUAGGGACCGAGCCAGCGAGGCCAAGCAGAUGCUGGAGGGGCCACUGCGGGACCGGUACCGGACAGCGCAGGAGCUGGUGGAGCACCGGGCACAGGGUGCACAGCAGGCAGGCAGCCGGGCACAGCAACUGCGGGACGAGGCUGCUGGGCUGCUGCAGGAUGCCCAGGGCAAGCUGCAGCGUCUGCGAGCACUGGAGGAGGAAUAUGAGCGAAACGAGCGAGUGCUGGACGCCAAGGCAGCCCAGCUGGGCGGGCUGGAGGCCAAGAUGAGGGAGGUGCUGGCCACCAUCAACGAGCAGGUCCAGAUCUACAACACCUGCCAGUGAUCCCCCUGGGGGGCCCAGACCCCCUGGCUCCCUACCCCUGCCCAGCCCCUGCCUGCCCCUUCAGCAGUAGGCAGGGUCGGGGCUGUAGGCCACCCCCAUGUGUGAAUAAAGUGACAGAGCAAG